AUGUAUCCUUUAUUUUUCAAGUAGAUUUACUAGAUCUAGAUUAAAUGAUGUGAUAAAUAUACAAUUUGAGUAUUUCAAAUGUCCACAAAUGAUUGUAUACACAUAAUUUGUGGUAAUGAUUGAUAAGAUUUACAAGACGGAUUCGCUAAUAAAUUUUUGAAUCCACUUGAUUAACAAAUUACGGUGGUUGUAAUCAUCUUUUUAAUGGGAAUAUGCUUCAUUAAUUUACCAGCUGAUAAAUGUUCAGUUAACCUUUCGUACUUAUUCGUUAUUAGCUAGUAAAUUAAGGCUUUAUAAUUUGGUACUCUCUAAUAACUUAUCUCGUGCUUCUUCUUUAACUCUUAAUGAUUGUUUAAAACUAAAACUACUCAUUAUCAGUUACAUUUUCAAUCUAAAAAAUAAUUUAUUUAUCAGGAUCAGAGUGGGUGCUACAAUAUAAAUUUUUUAUCGUAGCUUAAAAAAAAAAUAAUUUAAGAUAGUACAAACUUGACAUUGUUUUCUUAGGUCAUCUAAGGAUUAAUCUGUAAAUAUUCAGAAUUAUAUCUUAAUAAACGCUGUAAUAUUGCAAUAAGAAGACUGAUUGUUUAAGACUUUAAAUUUUCAAGUUCAAUAUAUUUUAUAUUAUUACCGUUUCUUUAAUUAAAAAUAAUUUUUAAAGUUAACAAAACAAUGUCUUGUUGUAAUAACUAUGAAAUUUUUAAAGAUCAAAAAACUCCUAUUAAUGAACCAUUGCGUGGCAUUUAUAAGAAGAGCUUUGGAUAUAUCUCCUUAUACAGGAGAAUGCCAGAUUUAUUUGCUCAAGUUAUUAAAUAUUUAGAAAAACAGAAAGAAAAACAAAAUAUGCAAAAUGCUAUAGAUGAUAUGAAGAUACUUUUAAAUGAAAUCAUUAAUAAUAAACCACUUCGGAAAAUUGAUGGUACAUUUAAUUUAGCAAUUUUAUGGAAUCAAAUUUUAGAUGAAAAACUAAAAGUGGAAUCAUCUGUCACAUGGUUUGAGUCUGAAUGGCUUUUUACUGAAAAUUACAUGUAUAUUCGAAUUAACGAAGUUUUUGAAAAAACAUCUACAUUGAAAAACUUUGAUCCUUUUGAGAGUCUUAAGUUAAAUGCUUUUAAAGAAUCUAAGUCAUCUAUGAUAGCUUUAGGUGAAUUUAUUUCAUCAAAAUUAGCAAAUUUAAACAUUCAAAAUUAUGAAAUAAAAGCUUUGUUUGAACAAAUAUUGAAGAUAUCAUUGUGGGGAAAUAGAUGUGAUCUUUCUCUUAGUGCUGGUAAAUCUACAACUAUUUCAGAAGACCCAUCAAAAGCUAUUAAGUUGUUAGAUAAAUAUUUAAUAACAAAUAAAUCAGAUGAAAUCUGGGAAAUUUUACAAAAAACAGAAAACAAAACAAAACAAAUUGAUAUCAUUCUAGAUAAUUCAGCCUAUGAGCUUUUUACAGAUUUAUGUUUUGCGGAUUUUUUAUUGACAUUUAAUUUAGCUGAUACUAUAGUAUUUCAUGGAAAAGCUAUUCCUUGGUAUGUUUCUGAUGUUACUAAACCAGACUUCGAAACUACUCUGUAUUAUUUAGAAAAUAAGUGUUCAUCUAGUAUUCUAAACAACCUUGGUCGGAAAUGGGCCCAUUAUUAUAAAAAUGAGAAAUUUAUAUUUAAAUGUGAAGAUUUCUGGACACUACCAUUUCCAUAUUCAUAUAUGACAUUAAAAGAUUCUAAUCUUUAUCAGUUAUUAUCUUAUUCCCAGUUAUUGAUUUUUAAAGGAGAUCUUAAUUAUCGGAAGCUUAUUGGUGAUAUUAAUUGGGUUCCAACAACAAAUUUCAAAGAAGCUUUAUGUGAAUUUUUACCAACAGCAGUUGUAGCUUUAAGAACGAUGAAGUGUGACUGUAUUAGUGGUCUACCUUUAGACUAUGAAAAAAAAAUUUUAGAAGAAGAUAAACAUAAUUGGCUCAUUACUGGAAAUUAUGGAACUAUACAAUUGGCUUUUUAAAAAAACAAUAAUUAUUAUUAAAAUUAUGUUUCUGUAUCUUAAUAGUUUUUAA